AUGGCCCCUCACGCUGAUAUUGACGUCAACCAUGUGGCCCAAGUACUCGAGCCGCAUUGUGAAAAUGCGGAACUCGUCACGAUAUCUAUUGGCAAGAUAAUGGACUGCGAUAGAGUGACAGAGGAGAUUCUACUGAAUGCGUCGAAGGAUCUGGGGUUUUUCUACCUUGAUAUAUUCGAGCAUGCCCUGCAUAAUGCACCUCGUGAUAAGCCCGCCAAAUUGCCGAAGGAAUUCCAGCAAAGACGCGAAGCAUUUGAAGCUAUGAAUCACACACUGGGAGACAUGGGAAGAGUCAUUUUGGACAGCCUAUCACGAUCCCUAAAUUUGGAUGACAAACAGAACCUUGCCAAACAUCACCGCAAAGGUCACGCCUCUCCUACCGCUCUCGGACUUCUCAAAUACCUACCUCACGAACCCAAAAGCGAGGAAGUCGGCCACGUUUCCCACACUGAUAUUGGGAGUCUUUCCAUGGUGUUCUCUGACAUUGGCGGGUUACAGGUGUAUCAUCCUGGAAAGAAAACGUGGAUGUUCAUCCCGCCCAAACCAGGCCAUACUGUGUGCAAUAUCGGUGAUUCAGCCGAGUUUUUGUCCAAGAAUUUGCUGCGGUCAUCACUUCAUCGCGUUAUCCCGCACCCCGCAGAGAAGGGCAAGAGCAAGCUGACUGUGGUAUAUCUCAUGAGACCUGAGACAGAUACCGUGUUUGUUGACCGUGAAGGCAAGGAGUGGAGAAGUGUAGAUUGGCAUAACAUGAAGAACCGUCUGUUUGCUGAAGAUCUGGAGUCGCAGGCUAGCAACCUCGCUCUCACUGGCCGUCUGGGCCAUGACGAUCUUUGGGACGAGAAGGAGGUGUGA